UGUUGCCCAGGAUUUGCUUUUCCGAAUCGCUUAUUGCUCAUGUACGUUUGGACUGCCUUUACCUUACCGGCUCACCGUGGCACUCCCUCUUUUCUGGCCCAUCCCCUCCUUCCCGUUUUGCCCCUCCCUCGUCCCUCCAUCUAUCUACCCCUCCUUUUACCUCAAUUCUCCCCUUUCCCACCAAUUUUCCCAUCUCCGUCUCCACCAUUCUAUUUCAUACAUCUUCAACUGCUCGUUGUCUUUACUAACUUGUCCCUUUUUCAAAGAAGAUUUAGUAUACACAUCUAUUAUCCACAAUGGUCAAAGCAGCUGUUCUUGGAGCUUCCGGUGGCAUUGGCCAGCCGUUGUCUCUCCUGCUCAAGGCAUCCCCCCUCAUUGAUGAGCUUGCUCUCUACGAUGUUGCCAACACCCCUGGUGUUACUGCCGACCUUUCUCAUGUCUCCUCGGUCGCUAAUAUCUCCGGCUAUUUGCCUGCUGAUGACGGAUUGAAGCAUGCUCUAACUGGUGCUGACAUUGUCAUCAUCCCUGCUGGCAUUCCUCGCAAGCCUGGUAUGACUCGUGAUGAUCUUUUCAAGAUCAACGCCGGCAUUGUGCGAGACUUGGUCAAAGGCAUUGCCAGUUUCUCUCCCAAGGCAUUCAUCUGUAUCAUUUCCAACCCCGUCAACUCGACUGUCCCAAUUGCCGCAGAGGUGCUCAAAGCCGCUGGCGUCUUUGAUCCCAAGCGUCUUUUUGGUGUUACUACCUUGGAUGUUGUUCGUGCAGAGACCUUCACCAAGAAGUUCUCUGGUGUGAAUGACCCCUCCAAAGUUCAAAUCCCGGUAGUGGGCGGUCAUUCCGGCGAGACCAUUGUUCCUCUCUUCAGCAAAGCCACGCCGGCUUUCAAGGUCCCCGACAACGAAUAUGACGCACUAGUCAAUCGUGUUCAGUUCGGUGGUGAUGAGGUUGUCAAAGCCAAGGAUGGUGCUGGUUCCGCCACGCUGUCUAUGGCUUUUGCGGGCUUUAGAUUUGCUCAGAGUGUUAUCAAGGCCAUCAAGGGUGAGAAAAACAUCGUGGAGCCUACUUUCGUCUAUUUGCCCGGUAUUGCCGGUGGUGAUGAAAUCGCCAAGGCCACUGGUGUUGAAUUCUUCUCUACCCUCGUCUCCUUUGGACCCAAUGGUGCUGAGAAUGCCAUUAAUGUACUUGGUGGUAUAACAGAGAAGGAGAAGACUCUUCUUGAGGCUUGCAAAACGGGCCUCAAGGGAAACAUCGAAAAGGGCGUGGAAUUUGCCCAAAGCCCAUCAAAAUAGGCUUUGAAUGAGUUUUCUUAAUGAGGCAAACAUGGCGAUGUGACAUUGCGAUUAGGGACUGUGGACGCGGGUCAUUAUGAGAUACGUAUGCAGAAAAU